UCUGGCCGCGGCCGGCGGCGCCGCCUCCUCGUCGGGCCGGGCACGGCGGGCCGGGGCCUUUGUGUGAGGCGGCGGCGGCGAUGGUGCGUCGGGUCCCGCGGAGCCGGAUUAACCGUGCUGAUAAGGAGGCCACUUCGUAGGAGCUGCUAAGAUGGGCAUGAGAAUCAAAUUGCAAAGCACCAACCACCCCAACAACCUGCUGAAGGAACUCAACAAGUGCCGGCUCUCAGAGACCAUGUGCGAUGUCACCAUCGUGGUGGGGAGCCGCUCCUUCCCAGCCCACAAAGCCGUGCUGGCCUGUGCGGCUGGCUACUUCCAGAACCUCUUGAACACUGGGCUUGAUGCUGCCCGGACCUAUGUGGUGGACUUCAUCACCCCUGCCAACUUUGAGAAGAUUCUGAGCUUUGUCUACACAUCAGAGCUCUUCACGGACCUGAUCAAUGUUGGGGUCAUCUAUGAGGUAGCUGAGCGUCUGGGUAUGGAGGAUCUCCUUCGGGCCUGUCACUCCACCUUUCCUGACCUGGAGAGCACUGCGGUGGCCAAGCCCCUGACCAGCACCAGUGAGAGCCACUCUGGAACCCUGAGUUGUAACUCCGCAGAACCUGUCCCUCCCCUUGGAGAACUCCGGGGUGGAGGGGAGCACUUUGGUCCUGAUAGGAACUGUGUGUUACCUGGUGAUGCUGGAGGAAGCUAUAAAGAGGACGAGAGAAAUGUUACCAGUGACACUAACCAUAGCCUGCCUCUGCCCCAGCAGCCACUGCCGCCAAAGACAGAAGACCACGAUGCCCCUGCUCCUUUCACAUCUGUGCCCAGUAUGGUGACCCAGCCGGUUCUAGGUACUGUCAGCAUGGGCAUCCAAACCAGCACGAGCUCCUGCCAGCCAUACAAAGUCCAGAGCAAUGGAGACUUCAGUAAAAACAGCUUCUUCAGCCCUGACAAUGCAAUAGACAUUACCACUGGGACCAACUCCUGUCUGAGCAACAGCGACCACUCCAAAGACCCAAGCUUUGGGCAGAUGGAUGAGCUCCAGCUGGAGGACCUUGGGGACGAUGACUUGCAGUUUGAAGACCCCACCGAGGAGAUAGGCACAGCUGAGGAGGUGAUUGAAUUGAGUGACGACAGUGAGGAUGAGCUGACUUUUGGAGAGAAUGACAACCGAGAGAAUAAGGCCAUGCCCUGCCAGGUGUGCAAGAAAGUUCUAGAGCCCAACAUUCAGCUGAUCCGACAGCAUGCUCGGGACCACGUGGACCUGCUGACCGGCAACUGUAAGGUCUGUGAGACCCACUUCCAGGACCGAAACUCUCGGGUGACCCAUGUCCUGUCCCAUAUUGGUAUUUUUCUCUUCUCCUGCGACAUGUGUGAAACUAAGUUCUUUACCCAGUGGCAGCUGACUCUCCACCGCCGGGAUGGAAUAUUUGAGAACAACAUCAUUGUCCACCCCAACGACCCCCUACCUGGGAAGCUGGGUCUCUUCUCAGGGGCAGCCUCCGCAGAGCUGAAAUGUGCUGCCUGCGGAAAGGCAUUGGCCAAAGAUUUCCACGUGGUCCGGGGCCACAUCCUUGACCAUCUGAACCUGAAGGGCCAGGCUUGCAGUGUCUGUGACCAGCGCCACCUCAACCUCUGCAGCCUCAUGUGGCACACCCUCUCCCAUCUCGGCAUCUCGGUCUUCUCCUGCUCUGUCUGUGCGAACAGCUUUGUGGACUGGCAUCUCUUGGAGAAGCACAUGGCUGUGCACCAAAGCCUGGAAGACACCCUCUUCCGCUGCCACUUGUGCAGCCAGAGCUUCAAGUCAGAGGCUGCCUAUCGCUAUCAUGUCAGCCAGCACAAAUGCAACAGUGGCCUUGAUGCACGGCCUGGUUUCGGGCUCCAGCACCCGGCUCUCCAGAAGCGGAAGCUGCCAGCAGAGGAGUUCCUGAGUGAGGAGCUGGCGCUGCAGGGCCAGCCUGGGAAUAGCAAGUAUAGCUGCAAGGUGUGUGGCAAAAGGUUUGCCCACACAAGUGAGUUCAACUACCACCGGCGGAUCCACACGGGCGAGAAGCCGUACCAGUGUAAGGUGUGCCACAAAUUCUUCCGAGGCCGCUCAACCAUCAAGUGCCACUUGAAGACACACUCCGGGGCCCUCAUGUAUCGCUGCACGGUCUGUGGCCACUACAGCUCCACCCUUAACCUCAUGAGCAAGCAUGUCGGUGUGCACAAAGGCAGCCUCCCGCCUGACUUCACCAUCGAGCAGACCUUCAUGUACAUUAUCCAUUCCAAAGAGGCUGAAAAGAACCCGGAGAGCUGACUGGGUCCCAGCAGAGCCGGGGGAGCCCCCAGGCAGCAGCCAGGACAUUGAUUAUCUAAUGGCUGUUGGUCCCUCCGCAGCGGAAGUUACAAUUUUGCCUUGCUCUAGGAGUUCUGUUCUGUCCUGUGUUUAAAGAAGAGAAAAAGAAGAAAUAGCACAUGAACACUGAUACUGUUUCUGAGAAGCAACGGCCCUAUCAUGUUUACCUCCUUACCUUUUCCUGCCCAUGGAGGGCUGUGUUUUUGAUUUUUUCGAGGCUGGUUUUGGGAUCUUGUCAGGCGCUUAGCAUCAACUAGAUCCCCUUCCCCAGUCUCUCGAGUUUUAGUUUACUGAUAGGUUUUAUGCUGCUAAGAAUCCAACCAACAGCCUCACUGAACAGAGGAGGUGGAGAGAGGUUUUCACUGUGGGUAUUUCUGCCAGACCUCCAACUGGGACACCAGCUAUGAGAGAGAUUUUGGGAAUGUGGUCAUUCAGAAAAGACUAGUCAGCAGGGCAGCUCAUCUCAGGUGCCAGUCCCAGCCCUCAACAGGGGAAAGGUGUAAGGGAUGGAAGGACCUGCUUGUUCCACAGCUCUAAUCUGCUGAUUGGACAGUAAAAUCUCUUGGCAGCUAGAUCCAAACUGGGGACAAAGCUUUCUAUUUAGGUCAGAAAGCUUUGGGAUGAAUCCUUGUCAGCCGGAAGAGGUGUCCUGCAGUGCUGCCAGAGUGGUAGCCUUGUGGACAGGAAGGGAGGUUUCUCUUUUCUCUCAAUUCCAAAGAAACAUAAUUUUAUGGAGCAGUAGCCCAGGACAUCAGGCCUUCCUUGUGGGACAAAAUGGACAGGGAGCCACUUUGGUGUAGUCAUCUGUCAUCUGGCCACCUCCAUUGACCCUGAGUUUCCUGGUGGAGAGGUGGGGAUGUCUCUGACAGCAGCAGCCUUGCCUUAAUUUACAUCCAGUCUCCCACUAGUGUGUUUGGCCUAUAGUGUAGAUGAGAAGACCUCAUGAGGUGGAGUGGUGGACUGUGAGUCCUUCAGGAUUAAAGGGACCGGAGUAACUGGUGGUGUGUAGUGGGAAGUAUGUUCUCUCUGUCCCAGUUGGGUAACCUGUUUGCUUUGUGCUUUCUGGGCCAGAGCUUUGGCAGCUCACCUUUGACCUGCUGGAAUUUAUCCUGAUCUGCCAUUGCAUUGCCACCAGGGGGCGCUAUUGGAUGACAGCUGGUUCAGGCCCUCCCUGGGUGACUAGGGAGUGAGUCUCCCCGGUCCAGGGGUUGCUGGUUGGCUCCAUUCUUAGUUGCCUGUUUAGGGGCUCUUGCCCAAAGAAGGCUUGAGGGGAAGGGCCCUUGGAGCUCACAUACUCACAAGGUGGCACCUCAGUAACCCGUACUACCUCACCUGCUCAGGCGAGCUCUGGGAGUCCCUGGCCUCGACCCUGACACUGCCCCUGGUGGGACUCAGCAGCACCCUGGGCUGUUUCACAAGCAAGUGGUUUUAAUUAACUCACAAAGCCUUUUUGGACAUUAAUAUUUAUUUAUUUUUGUUUUUGUAUACAUAUUACCCAGCAUCUCUUUUGGAUAAGAGACUUCAGGAAAAUGAGCUUCUCCCCAGCAAGUAGCCAUGUUCCAGGGGACAGUCCUGGCCAGAGAUUUGAACAAGGGCUAGACUGGGAGAGAAUGGGUCAAGCCUUUAACAAGUAAAUUCUUUUCUUUCUCUCCAGAUUGUCUCUUGCAGAGUAAACCCAGGGAACCCUUUAAGAAAUGGAUGUAAGUUCUACAAAGUUGGGGCUUGUUAAAUUCCUAGGCCUUUCUUCCCUUUUCCAUCCUGUGAUUGAGUAUGUUGGGGACUGGGUUGAGGGGAUCAAGUCCCAUGGAGGUCCUUUUUGCAUGUUUUCUCAUCCUUCCUAAAAAUUGGGAAGCAGUAAUAAGAUGUACAGGUAAACCAAAACUCCGUCCCUAUUGGACCUGCUUCCUCCCUCCUCAGCCCUAAAUUGAUAAAGCCUCCAAGUUGGUGUGCUUGGCUCUCUGGUGGGGUGACCAUUACACGAAGGGACUUGUGCAAGUGGCCAGCUUUCACCAUCUUAAUCCAACUUGUUAAAUGUUCCUUCGAGACAUUCCCGUUAGGAAAGCAGUUCUGAGAUUUUGCAUCCCUCACCAACUGCUCCCUUUCUUCCCAUGCUGAUCAUUAGGUGUUUAAGAAGGAAAGUAUGUAAAAGACUACAGACGCCUAUCUCCUAAGCUUUUGUCACCUUUUGAUGGUGAGGACUGAUUUUCAAAUGGCUGGAUUUGAGAGUCAGGUACUCGCUGGAACCCAGCCGGAUAGCUGAGAGUGGGUCAGUAUGCAGGAGAAACCCUUUUCCUUAGCAGAGGGGAUCAUGGAUGCUGGGUAGUCUGUAUACUUAACCUGAAACUGUGAAGUGUCCCCUUUUUGCAAGUAAACCAAAAAGCAAAUCUUUGAAACUUUGUCCCUGAAACACUAAACAGAAAACUGCACCCCCUGAUCCUCCUGCGGCUAAGUGGUUGAGCAGGGUGGCUUGGUUGGUUGCAGUCAGACAUGUAGCAAGUCAGUAGCUCAUGAGGCUCAUUGACCAAACCCUGUCCCUCACCCAGUGUCCCCCAUAAUUGCACCUCAACCCUUCCUCUAUUUGGAGUUAUGCCUGCUGCCUCUGCUUUCAGCUCACCCUUUUCUGCACUGUUUUACCUGAAACACUAUAUUGUGGCAGAGGGUGCUCUGGAGUACCUGGUGGAAGGUAUUUAUUUUAUUUUGAGUUUAAAAUUUUUCAGCCUUCUCUUCAAUGGUUGCCCUGUCUGCCCUGGAGCCCGGUUUAGCACUGUCUCCUGCUGUAUUGUUCCAAGGUUUUGUUUGACCCUUGAAUGUCUUUUCUUCUCCUUCUUCCCUCUUUUUCUUGUUCUGUACUCAGGACCAACUACAUAAUUUACAGAGCCCUUUGUUUAAAAAUUAAGAAUUUCAAAAUGGUGACUAGAACAUUAAAGCAAGUGCGAGGCCAUUCCUGGCUUUUUUCCCUAAGGAAAAAGGGUGAUUCUGUAAUGGUACACUGUAAACAGUAGAGGCUGCUUGUGGCCAGAGGAAGGGAUCAGUAUCCUGGCACUCCUCUGACCAUCAGUUGCUCCCUGAUGCCACAGCAUCCGCUGGAAGCUCUGCUGUACCCUGGUGUUUGGUCCUAAAUUUGAAGGCUCCAUAGAGUCUCUAUAGUUCAUGGCUAGUUGGGAAGAAAGGAGGUGGGGAUGGGGGUGAGGAAAUGGGUAAAAAUUCUUUUUGGCUUUCUUCUGAUCUGUCAGUACCCUUUUGUCUCUAGGACAGCCUUUGGACUUAAAUACCUUCUCCCCAGUCAGGUUUUGCUGCUGCUGAAUUUUCUUCUCUUCUGGCCGCCUGCUGUGCUCUAUUCCCCAGUCUACUCAACUUUGGAAGUGAAUUUAAAUUAAUUACAGAUAGACACUGAUUUUGUUGUCAGGAAAGUGAGCUUUGUGGAGAAACCUACCCAUCUGGGAGUCCACACGUGUCCUUUUCCCUAAAUCCUGCACUGAAUGAAUCAGAAAGCAGGGUGCACAGCUUUUGUUUCAAUGUGAUUACUCGUGGUCAACUUGGCAUCAGAAGGAAAACGAAGCUUUUGAAUUGGAUGUUUCCGUAACACCCUUCCCCUGUCCAGUCCCCCCCCACCUCUACUAGCUAAAGUCUCUUAUGAAACCGAGAAGAGUUGUUGACGUCUCACUCCUUCCAUUAAAUUAAUAAGUACUGACCUCCUAAUAUUUAAGUGUUUACUAUCUAUUGCUGUAAAGUUUUGUAUAUUUUGUAAACUUCUUUUCCCAAAUAGUAGAUGUCUAAAAUCGUUGAACAUCUGAUUCUUUUAUAUUCCAUUGUUCGGCACAAAGUGUGGUUUUUAUUUAGAAUAAAAAAAAA